AGCUGUCUUGGCUUUCCGGCCGCGGUCCCCACCCCGCGGGCUCGGUGCAGGGGUGGGUUUCGAGUGUAGAGGGGGGGAGGACGGGGAAGGGAGGAAGGAGGGAGGAGGAGAAGGGUGUCUUGGCGCCAGCUUGGUGCCAGACAUUCCAGCUGGAUGCCCGCCCCAACCAUUCGGCCGUGACGCUGCUGCGCCUGGACCCCGAGGACCGCCUGUCUUUCCGCAGGGCCCCGGACAGCAGGGAGCACAGCAGGACCCUGAGGCUCACCAACCGGAGCGGGGGCCACGUCGCCUACAAGGUGAAGACGACAGCCCCGGAGGCCUACGCGGUGCAGAAGCACCUCGGGAAGAUCGGGCCCGGGGAGUCGUGCGACGUGACUAUCGUCCUGCAGGACCCGUGCGCCAGCGAUCCUGCCCAGGUCCGCUCCCACCGAUUCCUGGUACAGGCCGCCCCGGUGGGCUCCCCGGGCGCGAUCACGAAGGAGGCGUGGGCGUUGCUGGACAAGGGGUCGAUCCAGGAGCACUGCCUGCCUGUGGUUCUGGACACCGCAGGCGUGUCGGCCCCUGCCACCGCCUCGGCAGCGGCGAGCUGGGCCAGGACGGAGUCGGAGACGGAGCUGAAGGUGAAGUACGACGAGCUCGUGCAGUACAGGGAGCUGUUGGAGAAAGAGACGCAGAGCAUUGAGGCGGAACUGGUGGGACUGAGAAACCCGAGGAGGACAGGCGUCGCUGGCAGCGGGUCUGGCUGGUCUUGUUGCAGGAGGCAGACGUGAGUGCGGCCUCGCUGCUGCCUGCCUUCUCAAGGACAGGAGGACUAAGAAAGGCGGCCCCUGGCACCAGCAGGUCGCCGGACUACAACAACUACGUCUUGGGCAAUCGGCGGCUUCGCGCCGCCGGCUGCACCGCGCGCUUCCCGCCGUGGCUGGUAGCAUGGAUCACGCUGCUACGGUCCCCCGGAUACCGAGAGGAGAAGAACGGACACCGAGAAGAUGGGAGGAGGAGGGGAACACGUGAGGUGGAUGCUUUCGAAGCCUGAAGCGGCAGCCUCCAGGCGGCUGCUCGGUGCACGCGGCAAGGGGGUUGCAGUUGUCACAUCGCUUCUGACAUCCUCAUUGUGGCUGCCAAAGCUAUCGCCUGCCUUUACACUGUUGCUUGGAGCGUCACGUGUCUGAUUAGAUCGUAUUUUGUCGGUGAGCGUCGUCAUCAGUGUUGUCGACGUUCUUUUACAUUGCCAGUUUUAACAGAUCUAGCUGCUCCAGAAUAGCAGAGAGAACGCGAUGUUGACGAAGCCACUGGGCAGUGGUGUCAAAAUAAAGGGGGUCGCAGCAGAUCGAGCUGGCAGCUUUUGUGGGGAACUUCGCGAGGACCCAGGGGCGCGGAGCCCCAGCGUGCGACAACGCCCAGGGCGCCGUUGGUCGCCCCUCUCUUGGCCAUCUGCUGGAGACACUCAUCGAUCUCCAGCAGUCCUGCACUGGUGAAGUGAGUGAGGUCGGCCCCGCGUGGGCCGCAGUUUCAAGACGGCCCCAGCGUGGCGGCGAUGAGCGAGAGGGCUGCCGCUCUUGGCCGCCUCCCACGUGUGCUGCGCCUUCGGCCUCUGGCAGCGCAGGAGGCCCGGGAGGUUUCGCGCUGCAUGGAAAGGGAGGCGCCCUUGCGCCUUGGGGCCGACUCUGCAGCCCCACCCCCUUGCCGAGGCGGCGCCCCUGCGCCAUUCCCCUGCCGAGGGGGUGAGCGACACGCCAUCCGCUCGCAGGGGCAUUGUGCAUCGCCGGGGCCGCCGCCGCCGCGAUGCGCCAAGCAACAAUUACCGACCAUGGCACCGCGCCUCUGCCGCGCCGCGCCGCGGCGCCCCGCUGGGCACAGCGUCGGCGAGAAGGCAUCUGCGAGCGGCCCCCGCGGAGGCUGCGGCCGUUCGCGGCGCGCUGCGAGCGUCCAUCUGCGCCGCGCAGAUCUCGCCCCUGGGGGCCGCUGGCUCGGGGGCGGAUCACAGGCGGGCGUCCAAAACAGAGAGCGAUUUGCCUCAGGAGGGGGGCUACUCCUGGGCGCUGGGCGCUGA